AUGGCUGACCCACUGGGAAUCGCCGGUACCGCUGCCGGAUUGGUGUCCCUAGGCCUGCAACUUUACGGCGAGAUCUCCAAGUACAUCAAGGCAGUCAAAGGCAGAGAGGAAGACUUGAGAGCGGCAAGGCAGAACGCAGAAAUACUGAGAAAGUGUCUGAAUGCCAUCAAGGGGGCGACAGCAUCGACGAAUCUCACGCCGACGGUAUCGAAGAACGCAGUCAACGAAUGCGUCGCCUCUUGCAUAGAUGAGCUGAAACAAUUGGAGGAACUUUUGACACGUCUGCGAAGCUCGACAGCCCCUGCAGAUACACUCUCUUCCAAAUUCAAAGCAAAAGGGAGACAAUUCAUAUAUCCUUUUCAUAAGGAUAGCGUUGUCGACCUCGAGAAACGACUUGCUUCUACGAAUGAUGUCCUGCAGACGGCAUUGCACGCCCUGGGAAUGUAA